UUUAGGUAUGGAUAUUGGUUGCUACUACUACCACAAAUGCCAAGGAUUACUCGGUGCUCUACUGCACAAAAGGCACCUACUACUAAUUUUGAGAAAACCUGGGGGAAGGGAUCUAGCCUCGACAUGGGUAAAUUUUUUGAAUAUAAACAAUACGAAAUUGUAUGAUAGUACCAGAGUCAAGACCCAAGAUAGCAAUGCAAUCUAAGCAAAACUAGUGUGAAAAAUGACACCAGUAUUUUCUCUGUUGGUGUUUGGUUAUCCCAAAACGAGGGGCAGCGCUGAAACCUCUCGCCGGACGCUGUUAGGCAUGCGGGCAUUGGAGAGGGAAAACGCCGCGUUUGGGGGCCCCGGCUGCAAGGCAGGCAGACGCAUUCGGCUCCUCGUUUCUCUCUCCUCUCUUCGUUCCCGCGUGGAGAGGGAGAGAGACGGGGGAUCGGAGCGCCCCUCCUCUUUCCUGCCAAGAAACCACAAAUUUCUUUACGGAUUUCCCCCCAAGCUUCUCUCGGAUUUCCCACGCAUUUCAUCGCCCUUUUUGGUGGAAUUGAUUGAUUCUCCCCCCACCCAGGCCGGUUGUUGUUGCAGCAUCGGCGCGUGCCCCUGGUAGGUUUGCAUUGGUCACACGAAUUUGCAUCCGCUCUUCCUUGUCAAGGUAUAUAUAGAGAUCAAAGUUUCUUCAGCAGAAUUGAGGCAUUGGCCUGACAAAGAUCCAGAAUUAAAGCUGCUGGGUGAUUCAUCGAGGAAGCACCGUCACCCUGUAUGUGAAAUUUUCAUGUACAUUGAUCACCAGACAUGGCUGUGAAAACCGGCUCAGGAUCAGAGGACUGCUUCUGGCACCGGUUCUGGCCCAUGCUGUCAUACGCUUGUGGCGAGCUUUGUGUGAUCAUACUGCUAUAUGUGGCGGCUCUGGCAUCAGACGCCGCGACAAGGCUGGCGCACAUCUGCGGGCUCAAGGUGCCGUGCAUCUUCUGCACAAGGCUGGACCAUGGCCUCCAUGGCAAGGCAUGGUUCUCCGCGGAUUUGGUUUGCGCCGCGCAUCGCUCAGAGGUCUCGUCUUUGGCUUACUGCAAGAGCCAUGACCAGCUUGCACGAUCCGAUGAUCUCUGCAAAACAUGCCUCCUUGCAUGCAAAGCUGUAGGUGGUGCCAGCGAGGAGGCUAGCUCUAGCUCCAGAUCGAGGUCAAGAGGGUUGUGUUCUUGCUGCUCGGAGCUAUUCAAGAAUACCCACAAUGCUCAGAAGCAUUCCGAAGCUGCCAGUGCUGUGGAGGCUUGGGAUAAUGUAUCCCGUUCGGAGAAGACUAAUCCAAGGGGCCAUGUUUAUGCAAGUGACAGCAUUGUGACUAUGGCACCCAGGGUUGUGCCUGAACAAGUCCCUGCAGAUCAUCCAAAAGAGAAGGCUUUUGUCGUGGGUAUUGAGGAACACCAUGAAUCAGAUGGACAGUCUAGAAAGGACAGUGGUCCUUCUGCACAUGCUGGGACAGCAAAGCCAGCAGCAUAUAGAUCUGCCGCACCAACAAGCAUUGCUGUCGACCGCAACACCAGUGUAAAAAAUGUGCUCGCGUCUAGGGUCAACUUGACAUCUCCUCGGCCAUCAGAAAUCAUCUCUGCCAGGGACAGCAAUUCAACAACUCAGCAAGAAGUGAAGGCACUCCUUUCCCAGAUGUCUUCUGUUAGGGGCCUUGACAGUUCUUCGAGUGAAGGGACUCCUAGGCCUGGUAUCAAUGUUCAGACUGAAGAAAGCAAUCCUGCGAGCAAGAAGCCAUCUCUUGAGAGUAAUUAUUCUGUGCUGGAACCUUCAGACGGGAGCCUCACUGAUGAUAUCGAAGGGGAAAGUUCUCUUGAGAAUGUAAAGAAGCAGCUCGAGCUCAACAAGAAGUCAAUGGCUGCUCUUUACAAAGAGCUUGAGGAAGAACGGAGCGCUUCAGCGAUUGCGGCUAGCCAGACGAUGGCCAUGAUCAAUAGAUUGCAGGAGGAAAAGGCUGCAAUGCAGAUGGAAGCACUGCAAUACCUGAGGAUGAUGGAACAGCAGGCUGACCAUGACCAUGAAGCAAUACAGAAUCUACAUGAUUUGCUUACAGAGAGGGAGAAAGAAUUACUCGACAUGGAUGCUGAACUUGCAAACUGCCGGAGGCUCCUAGAGAGCGAGCCAUUCAAUGGUGCACGACUUGACGCCACUGACACAAUGAACAACACAAUAGGUGACAGGAAUCUGGGAUUUGAAUUCAUGAAUGGCCUGGAUUUUGUGAGGAGCACCAUGUCACGUUUCGAAGAUGAAAAGGCAUAUAUUUUAGAAUCCUUGAGCAGAUUGGAGGAAAAUCUCGGCUUUUCCACAAACAGACUUGCUUCUGAUGAUGCCAAAAUCAGUCAAGAGGACAUAUUGUUUGAAGGGCAUACAAGAGCUGAUGGCCGGUACAGGGAAAAUUCUCAGUUGGAUGAACACAUGAGUGGCGAAUCAACUUCAGAUCAGCAACAUGGAGGACAUGAAAUGGUUGAGGACAACAAGGAUAAAUGUUCUUGUUCUCCUUCGCACAAUGACAAUAUGGGUGGUGUAGCAAGUCUUAAGAAUGAAAUUUCGCUGUUGAAUACAAGACUGAUGGCACUUGAAGUUGAUCAGGAGUUUCUCAAGCAGGCAUUGAGUUCCCUCCAAUGUGGCAGUGAUGGACUGCAGUGUAUACAGGAGAUAACCAGCCAUUUAGCAGAGCUGCGAAGAGGUGCAAAUCAGUGAAGGAAAACGGUUGCCUUGAGUUCACACUAUUUUGUCAUGAGAUCUUCUCUUGCAGAGAUGUACAGGCUAAGAAUGGUGUUUCCAGUGAGUGCCCAUAAUACUAUCCAUCAUAAAUCAUAGAUCUGAAGGAGCACCAACGUUCUUUGUUUGGAUCUGGCUCAAUGUGGGAUAGAAGGUAUACCUGAAGUCCUGAACAGAAUUUUCCAUCUCUUGCACUUGACUUGAGUUUUCUGAUCGACCUAGCUGGACAAUUGUUAAAGAUUACUGAAACAGAUCAAACAUCUCUUGUAUGUGAUACGGUGGUUGUUUGGACUAAGAAGCAAGUCUGUUACAUAUAUGUAACCAACCUUGAUGUUCUUGCAAAGAGGAGUCAAAUUGUACAUGA